CACAUCUCCCCUCUCCCCAGUCUUGUGCUCUUCGGGGUUUGAGGAGAGGACAUGUGUGCUAACAUCUGCUCCAGCUCUCCUUGAAUGUUACCCCUUGUACUUGGCACCAGGUGGUGGUUCCUUUGUGACACUAGUCUGGUGGCUUUUGCUUUCGGUGAGUGUACUUUCCGCUGGAGCUGCUGGCUUUGUCUUGUGGAGCAGAGGCCGGGUGGAUGCUCCUGCUCCGAGUGUUCUCUGCCAGGUGGUGUCGGGGCUGUCAGGACAGAGCUCCUUCCCCCUACCAGCCCACCCGCCGUGUGGCAGAACAUGCUGGUGACAUGGGCUGGUUUCUGAAGGAAGCUGGAGAUGCCAAGGACUCUCCCUAGGGAAUCUUUCUUGAGUGAACAGAUGCUCUGCCCGUUGAUUUUAUUUGUUAUUUUUCUGGAUGGGAUUUGAAAAGAGAGGACACAGGAAACAGAAGCCAGUGCCCCUUUAAUUCUGUGACCUGCAAAGUAAUGCACAUGGGAGCUCUCAUCCUUCCAAUGUGUUUUCCUGGAAGCCAGUUUGCGUCCUUGAAACACCAGUCUGAGCUCUCCUCAACACAGAAUCUUUGCAGUGCUUGGACCACGAGUGCUGGCCAGGGUCUCCCUUCCCCAGCAGCCCGCUGCGGCGUGUGGCAGCUGCCCAGAGGUUUGGCUUUGCUUAGGCUGCUCGGGGAUUCUGAUCUGAGCAAGUGCGGCAGUGAAUGCUGGUGUUGCUGCAGCGUGCUGGCGGCUGAGGUGGGCGAGAUGGAUGCAGUGCAGAGAACAUCCUGCUUGUGGUGGAACAGAGGAGACGCGGGCCCGCGAGGGUUUUGCGGGUAGCAGGGAAUGCUGCAGCAUGCAGGGCUCUGAGCAGGUCUGCAGGAGCUCCCUACCCGUGCUGAGGGAGCUCGGGCUGGAGGGCUGCAGCUCAGAGGGUGAGCUGCCCCCCAUCCCUUCCUCCUCCAGGGGUGUCACGGCGUAGGGGAGUCCCUGCCGAGCGCAGGCAGCGGAGUGGCCGCAGCACGGUGGGGUGGCUCUGCUGGGGCUGGCCGUGGGACUGCUGGGACAUGACUUCUAUGGUGUUUUGUCUGCACAGAGCUUCCCGAGAGCUGGGCUGACAUGCAGGAGCCGCUGCUGGAGGGGAUGUGCUUCACGCUCAAGUACCUGGGCAUGACGCUGGUAGAAAAACCCAAAGGAGAAGACAUGGCAGCUGCUGCCAUCCGCAGGAUCGUGGCCACGGCACGGGUGGGAGCUCGCAAGUUCCAGAAGGUGAUUCUGACCGUGUCUCCGAGGGGCAUCUCGCUGCAGGAUGCAGACACGCAGGAGAUGGUUGAGAGCAUUUCCAUCUACAGGAUCUCCUACUGCACCACAGACAAGCUGCAGAACAAAGUCUUUGCUUACGUUGCCCAGAGCCAGGAGAGCGGGGCGCUGGAGUGCCAUGCCUUCCUCUCACCCAAGAAGAAGAUUGCCCAGGCUGUGACUCUGACCGUGGCCCAGGCCUUCCAGAUGGCACUGGAUCUCUGGGAAGCAGCUCAUGCAGGCUCUAGGCAGGAACAGCCCCUUCACCAUUCCUGUGCCCUGGAGAGCAGUGAGCCCGGCAGACCAAGUGAGCCAGCCCCCCCGGGGAGCCCUCCCUUCAGGCACCACUUUGGGGAGGAGGAAGAGGAGGAGGAAGAUGAUAAUGUUGGUGAAACCGUAACUGGGGCUUGUCUGGGGUGUGAUGGGUUGCUCUGUUCUCUUCCACAGCAGCACAGAGGAGCUGGGGCGGGGAGCCCGCAGCCCAGCAGAGUCGGUGCCUCUUGCGCCCAGAGCGAGCUCUCCUACAGCCCAGCUGCUGUGCUACCGCCUGGGGCAACCCCCGGACAGCUGGAAGGGGCCGGGAGGGGUUGGGGACCUCCCUGCCGCUGGCCCCAAGACGCCCCUGGGCUGAGCCAAACCUCUGCAGCAACGGACCAGCCACUCAGGAUUCACCCUGUGCCUGCCCCGGUCCCCAGCACAGCCCACCGGGGCUGCUGGCACCGCUGCCGGGCCCUGCACCGGCUGGACACCCGCCCCCCGCUCUGCCUGCAUGAACAGCUGCCCCGCACCCCGGGCAGCACCUCUGACCCGCCUUGCCCGUGGCUCCUGCCUUGCUCCUGGGGGUGGCAGCUGGGGAGCAGCGGAGGCCGAGCAGCCCCCCAGAGUCGGUGGAGGGCUCCUUGGCACACACGACUCUCGGGGAGCAACAGCUCUGGGCUUGAGGGAGGGAGUGAGGAAGCCUUGCCCCUGCUGUUCAGCCCCAUGCCCUUUCACGAGUGAAAUGAGCUGGUUUUUAAAGGAAAGCUCGGCCUUUAUAGGGAAAUAAAUGGAGGUUUUUUUACUGUUGUCA